AUGGUGCUUGAUAAUAUCCAAAAUGGGAAUUUUUCUCGGUCAUGUAGGAUGGAUAGAUUGGUGUGCAUGCCAACAAGUGACGGCAAGCUCUCAGUAAAAUCCUUUUGGAACAAAGUUCGAUUAGCUUCGCCAGAGAGGCCAUUAGCAAAAUGGCUUUGGAAUUGGAUGUUGCCAUCUAAAAUUGGUUUUUUUACCUGGCAAGUGCUUUGCGGCUCAAUUCCAACGGAUGAUGCAAUUAUGGCGAUGGGCAUUCCCUUUGUUUCCAAAUGCUUAUGUUUUUGUUCUCCUGUACGGGAGACGACAACACACUGUAUGGUGGUGGGAGGAAUGGCUAGCAAGGUAUGGGAUUUUUUCUUAAGGCUGGUUGACAUAGAAUUGGUGCCCACUCAAGAUGUGAGAUGUAGAAUUUUAUUCUGGCACAGACAUGCUCAUGGAAGGGGUCAUGGUCGUGUGAUCAAUGGUUUACUUCCCUCUUUUAUUGUUUGGGAGUUGUGGAAAGAGAGGAACAAUCGCAAGCAUGGGGAAAGAGCUCUUUCAGCCAGUCACAUUGUGGAGGUGAUCUGUAAUUGGGUGAGAGAAAUUCCUUUUCUCCCUCCAUUUCGUAAGCUCCCAAAUCCUCGGGACUCUAUUGUUCCCCAAUUUUUUGGGAUUACUCAAAAGGUGGCUCCGUCAUCCUCCGACCCCGUGUUCUUGUGGCCUCCUUUCACUGCAGUGAAGCUGAAUAUUGAUGGUGCUUGCAAAGGAAACUCGGGGGAGGGUGGGGGUGGGGACAUCAUUAGAGACAAUAAUGGUUCUGUCAUUGUAGCUUUUGCUAAAUACUAUGGUGCUGGCACAAACAACAUUGCUGAAGUGAGAGCUUUGAGGGAUGGUUUGAGACUUUGUGCAAACUUGGGGUUAGUGGGGCCUAUUGUUAACUCGAACUCAGAGGUGAUUCUCAGGUGUGUGUCAAAACGAAGGUAUAGCCUCUGGAAGGGUUGGUAUUGGUUCCAGGAGAUUAUGGACCACAUCGAGUCUACUAGGCCUUUGUUGUCCUUCACCUUUAGAGAGGGGAACAAGGCAGCAGACUGGUUGGCCAAUUUAGCUUAUGAUUCGGCUUCUGACAUUUAUUUUAGUGGAGAGAUGAGUCUCCCUCUGGAUCUUCGGUGGAUUACCAGUGCGGAUGCUCUAGGUUUGCCUGUGUUAAGGAAUUAG